AUGCACGGCCGGCUGCUUUCUGGUCAACAGGAAGCCCCGAGGACCGCUGGCCGGGAAGUAUGGCGGCUGGCCUCCAACCUUUCUCGCCUGUCCCCGCCCCCUCUCCCCCGUUCUCUGCAGUUCCUGAACAUCCAGGAGCACUACUGCACAGCCCACUUGCACGACGCCGCCUCCGUCGCCCUCCUGGUGGUGGGCUUCGCCCUCCUGGUGCCCCUCUUGGUCUUGGCCCUGGCUGCCUACUGCCGCCUGGCCCGCCGCCUCCAGCUGAGCUACUGCCUGGUGCCCUACAGCAAGGCCAUCUACAAGAACCUGCCGGCCACUCGCUACCACAGCGUCGGCUGCGGCUGCUGCUCGCAGGACCUUGACGUCGGGGACAAAGUUUGGGUCUGAGGAGGGGCAGGGCAGUGUCUUGG